CAAUCGGAAAGCGCGAUGGAACUUGUCCUCCGCGUUCCGUCCACGUGUUUCGUCACGAAAGCCGUAGUCUGUGUCGGAAGCUGCUCACUGCACGGUGUGAAGGGUGAGUGUGUAGACCGGGCUCGUCUCUGGUUCUUUUGGUUUUGUUCGUUUUGGGCACAUUUAGCUCAUCAGUCAGUCAUGCCAUCAGUUCCCUCAUCCAAAGAGGCCGCCGUCAAGGGCCCCGUGUGCCCUCACUCUGCCAAGCUGCUCAGCCAUGCCAACGGAGAAAGCAGACUCUGCGAGGGUUCAUUCCCACAUAAAGGGGUUGACAAGCUGCCCUCCAUGGAGGACACCGAAGAGGCGAACAGAACCAUUCAGAUCAGCGCAAAGAACGCCACUCCUGAGAGGAAAUGGAUCCGGCCUGACCUUCCCAGCCGCUGCAAAUGGAGCCUGGGAGCCUCAAAAGCCGACUCCCCUCACGCACAAGUUCCAAAAGCCAUCGCUCCGGCAAUUCUUCCAAACAUCCUGCACAGGAUCGGCGACACUCCCUUAGUGCGCAUCAACAAGAUCCCCAAAGCGUUUGGACUCAAAUGCGAAAUACUGGCCAAGUGUGAGUUCUUCAACGCUGGCGGCAGCGUAAAGGACAGGAUCAGCUUGCGGAUGGUGGAGGACGCCGAGAGAGAUGGGAUUCUCAAGCCUGGAGACACUAUUAUAGAGCCCACGUCUGGAAACACUGGCAUCGGACUGGCGCUGGCUGCAGCGGUGAAAGGCUAUCGCUGCAUCAUUGUCAUGCCAGAGAAGAUGAGCAUGGAGAAGGUGGACGUCUUGAGAGCUCUCGGAGCCGAGAUUGUCCGGACACCCACCAGUGCUCGCUUCGAUUCGCCAGAGUCUCACGUGGGCGUGGCCUGGCGCCUCAAAAACGAGAUCCCAAACUCUCACAUCCUGGACCAGUACCGUAACCCGAGCAACCCUCUGGCUCACUACGACAGCACAGCCGAGGAGAUCCUGGAACAGUGUGACGGUAAGCUGGACAUGCUGGUGGCAGGAGCAGGCACAGGGGGGACAAUCACAGGCGUUGCACGCAAACUGAAGGAAAGAUGCCCCAACAUCAAAAUUGUUGCUGUUGACCCAGAAGGCUCCAUCCUGGCUGAGCCUGAGGAGCUUAACAAGACCGAUAAGACCCAGUACGAGGUGGAGGGCAUCGGGUACGACUUCAUCCCCACCGUGCUCGACAGAUCCGUAGUUGACAUCUGGUACAAGUCAAACGAUGAGGAGUCCUUCAACAUGUCUCGCAUGCUGAUCAGAGAGGAGGGCCUGCUGUGCGGAGGCAGCUCAGGGACGGCCAUGGCAGCGGCGGUACACGUUGCCAAAGAGCUGAAAGAGGGCCAGCGCUGUGUAGUCAUCCUGCCAGACUCGAUCCGCAACUACAUGUCCAAGUUCCUGAGCGACAAGUGGAUGGUGCAGAAGGGCUUCCUGAGCGAGGAGGACAUCAUGGUGAAAAAACCAUGGUGGUGGAACCUGAAGCUGCAGGGUUUGAACCUGUCAGCCCCCCUCACCGUCCUGCCCACUGUCACUUGUCAGAAGACCAUCAAAAUCCUAAAGGAGAAGGGCUUCGACCAGGCACCAGUGGUGGAUGAGGCUGGGUUGAUCCUGGGCAUGGUGACUUUAGGGAACAUGUUGGCUUGUAUUCUGGCAGGGAAGAUCAAGCUGUCAGACCCGGUCAGCAAAGUGCUCUACAAGCAGUUCAAACAGAUCCGUCUGACUGAUAAUUUGGGGAAGUUAUCCCGCAUCCUGGAGACUGACCACUUUGCCCUGGUGGUGCAUGAACAGAUCCAGUACUUGACAGACGGCUCUCCCAGUCUGAAGCAGAUGGUGUUUGGGGUGGUGACGGCCGUCGACCUGCUCAACUUUGUGACAGGCCGCGAAAGGAGAGAGCGAUCCAUGUCAGAGUCCACAGAUGAGCUCAACUGAAACUGGGAGUACGAACUUGUACAUUGCUUAACACUAACACGGUGACGGGUUGAGCAGAUGUGUCUCAAAGAUGGCAAAAAAAAUAAUCUUGUGAAUCAGUUAUGGUUGGUUCUUUUUUCCUCUUCAAAUGCUUCUGUUCAUUUUUUUAUGUUUGUAGUCUUAAGGUGUAAUAAGAAAAUGAUGAAGCUGUGCUACUAAGUGAGUUUGUUAGAGGGUUACUUAUUGUUUGAAGCAGUUGAUUACUUAUAUUUGCUUGCAGUGCUCAAAGCAAAUCUUUUCUAAGUUUAUGGCUUGUAGAAAGUUUUUUUUAUUUUGUAUUAGAAUCUUUAAUAGAGGCCUUUGUCUUGUUAUUUUCUCUGACAAGUACAUGAUUGUUUUACUGCAGCCUUGUCAAACAUCAGAAGUAAGACAUAUGUAAUAGUAUAAAAAGCCACACUCGUUCAUCAAUAAUAGAAGAGCAGAGCGUUGCUGUAUAUAACCAUGUCACUGUUUCAAGGGCUGCUCACUAUGUGCUUGCAUUUCCAUUUGUGUAUGUUAAAAGGAAUACAUGCGGAGUGUAAUUAUAGUUCGUAGAGGAAAAGAAUAUGCGCCUUUCUUUCCUUUGCUGUCAUCUUUCAACACAGUGCCCGUGAUCAAACUGUUAAGUUGUCUUGACUAUUUAAUCUUCGGGAUGUGUGAGAGAAAUGUUUUAUAUUGCAUAAUUUUUCCAUAAUGAAUGUGUAUGAUUCAAUAAAGUUUAAAGGAAGUCUG